GAGGCGGAGCGAAGGCGGGGCCUGGAUCUGGUGGGGGAUUUGGUGGGUAGGUGGGUUCAGGCCGAGGCAACUACGGGUCGGCGUUGGGUUCACUGGGCUCGAAACAAAGGAGUCUGCGGACGGGGCUCGGCGCGGCGCCUGGGGACCGGCAGCCGGACGGCCGAUCGACGCCCCCGGGCCACCCCGUGCCCUCUCGGCGCCGCUUCCCCGUAGCGCUCCCCGCCCGCGCCGCGGAGGGGCCCCCGCGCAGCGGCACCUGCUGCUGAGGGACCCCGCGGCCGGCCCAGGCGCUCAUGAUGGGGCUCAUCUUCGCCAAACUCUGGAGCCUCUUCUGUAACCAAGAGCACAAAGUGAUUAUAGUGGGACUGGACAAUGCGGGGAAAACUACCAUUCUUUAUCAAUUCUUAAUGAAUGAAGUGGUUCAUACAUCUCCAACCAUAGGAAGCAAUGUUGAAGAAAUAGUUGUGAAGAACACUCAUUUUCUUAUGUGGGACAUUGGUGGUCAAGAGUCAUUGCGGUCAUCGUGGAACACGUAUUAUUCAAACACAGAGUUCAUCAUUCUUGUUGUAGAUAGCAUUGACAGGGAACGACUAGCUAUUACGAAAGAAGAAUUAUACAGAAUGUUGGCUCAUGAGGACUUAAGGAAGGCUGCAGUCCUUAUCUUUGCAAAUAAACAGGAUAUGAAAGGGUGUAUGACAGCAGCAGAAAUCUCCAAAUACCUCACCCUUAGUUCAAUUAAGGACCAUCCAUGGCACAUUCAGUCCUGCUGUGCUUUAACAGGAGAAGGGUUAUGCCAAGGUCUAGAGUGGAUGACCUCCAGAAUUGGUGUGAGAUAACUGUUUUGCUUGAAAGAGACUGCUCUAUUUAUUCUGUGACAUGAACAUUUUUUCCUAGUAUCUUUAGCUGCUAAGGCAGCAGCAAGUUUAAUUUAUAACAACACAAACCUCUAUGAGCAACACUUGAAUCAAGUGCAGCUGAACUGGAAAGUGGAAGAUUUUUUCUUAACUUUUUUUUAAUCCACUAAUCUUCAGUUGGAUGAACACUAAUGUAUAACUGUGUUUUCAGCAACAGAAUUUUCUGACUGCUUACUCUUAAUUAUUCAAUGACUGCCUUGUAAGAAAUGUUUGUCAUAUGUCUAAUGUUUCCUGAAGUAUUGUAAUGACUUUAAUGACCAAGUUCUCUUGACCACCCCUGCCCCCCCAGAUAAUGACUGGUUUGACAAAGUAUUAGAGGAAAUCAUCGGGUAUUGCUUGCAAACUUAACCAGCGCUAAGUAUUUGCUCCCUCUAUAAACCACUUACCUUUUGGACAGAACUAAUUAUGGAGAAAGAAGUCUGCCUAGAAGAUAUAUGUGAGGAAGAUUAAACAUCAUGAAAACUGCCUUUACAUGAGUUAAAAUUAUUGCAAGUCAUGGAAUAAUUUUAAGUUACUGUUAGUAUGGAAAUUAAGUAGGCUAUUAUCUAAAAGAAUUAAGUCCACAUUUCUGCCUAUAACACAGCAUUUGUUUUGGUUAAAACUAAUCAAGGUAAAAUAUUUAUUUAAAUGCCCUACUUUGGAUAAACCUGGAAUUUUAAGAAUGCCACAUUAUUCAAUGCAUAUAUAAACAGUAGUAGUUAUUAAAGCACACCAGCAUUAAUAUUACAAUAAAACCAGCCAUUUGGAAUAUAUUUUAUUACCAAUUACCUACAACUUUAUUAUCAGCCUAAGGUUCAACUAUUCCAUUUGCAAGGAACAUCCAAUCUGCUUUGGGCAAAGCUAAAGCAGAGUAUAAAGAGUUCAUUUUAUCAAUAUUUCUUAAAAUUUGAAAUUAUGUCUAAAAUACUCUUAAUACCACCAGCAGUACAUUACUUACAAAAACCAUAUGGCUUUUCUUAAAGGUAUUUGAGGCUGUGGUGUAAUAAGCUUGAAACAAUUUGCAUCUUUAUUGUUAUGCCUCAUGCUCAAAUCUUUUGCUGGAGUAUAGGGAACCGCUAAAUUUAAUCCUAGUUUUUAGAAUAGUACUAUGAGACUCAAAGUUAAUACACUAACAACAUAUAGAUUUUAAAAAUAGGAAAAAAGUCAUAAUCUAUUGAAAGUUUAUUUGAUAAUAUUUAAAAGUUUUCAAGGCAGUUGUCUAAUAUGAACAAUAAAUAAUACAUACCUUAAGGAAGACAGGAUCAUAAUUUUAAUCCUCUUUAUCUUAAAUGUAUGAUUUUGCUAUAAUGAAAGAGAUAAAUACGUAUUUAGAGAAUAAUAAUACUUCAUGUUUGCAGUAUUUUUUUCAUUUGGGUCAAAUACAGGAUUCAGUAUUCUUAAUAUCAAAAUACCUGUUCAAAAAUGGUAUUUUAAUUCUAUUUUUUAUUGUAAAUUGGUUUAAAUUUUGCUGUUUUCAGGUAUAUUUGAUUUAUUCUAUUUAGUCUAAUUAAUAUGUAGUUGAAUGUGGCAAUAAUUUUCUGAAUUCUAUUUAGUGGCAGCACACCCUAGAACUAAAAAAUGGCUAGCUGAAAGGUUUUUAGACUUUGGGAACUAGUUGUUAUUAACAUUGUUUUGAAACUUUUUCUUAGUGAUUUCAUAGCAGGUAGGGGGAUAAAUUUUCUUUUUAAUAUAAUCCAUAAUCAGCAACCUGAGAGAAAAGUAGAAAAGUAGACAAAAUCAAUAUGGAUGCUUUGUGGUGUGUAUGUGGCAGUGAAACUAAGAGGGAUUAUGAAAAUACUGUUUACCCAAAGCACACUUAUCCAAAUUUUUCUCUUGGUUAUACAGUUUAGCUACAAAUACUUAGUAUAGUUCUCCUAACUCUGUCCUGAGAAAAAAACAUUAAUACUCCUUGUUUAUACUUUGAAAUUAGUCUUGUAUCUAAUAAGAUUGGCUGGCUCAGUUUUCACUUAUCAAAUUAUAUGUUUGUUUGUUUGUUUUUAUGUUACCAAGUCAGCAUUAUAUUGAAAGUGAACAACUACUACUAUAGAUUCAAGUUUGCUGUGUAAUUUUUAAAAUACAAUUUAUUUUAUUUUCUAAAUCCUUUUUUAAAAAAACAUUUGGUUUGGAUUAGAAGUAAUUUAUGUUACCUGUGUGUUGACAAUGAAAUGGCAUUCAACUAGAUUUUGUGUCGAUUGGGAAUUUAAAUUAAGAAAUUAAUGUAAGACUAUUUAAAAAUAUAUUAUAGGUUCUAAAUAGAUAUUUCCUGUUACAGUAAUAUGAAAACUGAUUACCUUUUACUCCAAGAGAAUGUUUUAUCCCAAGCAUGUAUAUAAUGCUAAAGCAUUGAUUCUGACAUUCAUUGUAAAUCAACAAACUCUAGGAUAUUGUCUGAUGAAAAAUGUAAAUUUGUGAUUAGUGCCUAUAUUCAUAUUUUAAGAUGAGUUCUCAAUUUUGUACUAUAUCUGUUCUUUGGAAUUCAAGUUAGCAGCUAAUUAACAGUCACAUUAUCUGAGUUUUUAUCCUACCCAUCAACCCCUCAAUUGCCUAGCAAAGUUUCUAGUAGGUGUAGUGGGAAGCAAAGGGUCCUACCAACAUUAGUUUAGGCAGGUGGUUAUACAUUUUGUUUUUCAUUUGAGUGUAAAGAAACUAAAUGUUAUCUUUUGAUAUGCUAUAACUAAAAUGUAAUUGCUACCCUAACAAAUUCAAAUAUGGUACUUUUCUUACUUUUGAGCAUGUUGUCUUCAUAUUUAGCCCCAUCUCUCUUUCUGAAACCUAUUUCAGAACUCCUUUUGAAUUAACAGGCCCUUUAUAUGGGGUUAUACUGUACAUUUUGUAUUGUUAGUGUAAUUUAACUUUUUAUAAUCUGAAAUAAUAUAUAUAAUCUGUUGAAAAGCUCAUUAAAUAUAUAACUUUUGCUUUUAGGUUCUGUGUUAGUAUGCUAAAAGGUCUAAUUUUAUUCUAUGUUCAUUGGAAGAAAGACAACUUUAGUGUUAAAAAUAAUUUUUACACAUGCACGACCCCUAUAGUCAUCUGUUAACUUUCAUUAUCUAUAACAAAGAAAAAAAACUAUUUUUUCCUAUGGAAACAGUGAGUAAUCUAGGCAGCAGUGCAUACAAUAUUUUCUGAAGAGUUACAGGGAGUCACAAAGCAAAAUCGAAAAAAAAAUUUGGUAUGGUAGGAAAAAAAUGAACUGUUAUUAUGCUUAUAGAGAUGGGUGAAUUCCAUUGACAUUUAUAUUUGAAGAGCAACUUCAUGAGUCUUGACUUUUCAUCUGUGGCUUUAGAUCCAAAACAUUUCACAUCCAUUUCAAUUCUAAAAGAUCCUUUAUAUUUUGUCUGGGUAAAGUCAUUUCAAGAUAUAGUAUGGUAAGAAAAUGAAAAAGAAAAGAAAAACAAAAGGAUACAGCAUGAUAAUUUGUAUCUGGUAGAAUAUUUUGCCAGCUAUCUAAAGGGGUGGUUUUGAAUCUUAGUUUGGCCAUUACUUUUCUAGUUGACCUUGGGCAAUUACUGUUUGUGCCCUUCCUACUGUUUUCCACAUACCAGGAACUUAGGCUAGAACUCCAGCAUGUCUUUUGAUUUUAAAAUAUUGAACCUUCAUAUGCUACAUUAAAAUUGAAAAACCAAAAAAACCAAACAUGUACUAUGAAAUUAAAUUCAUUUUAAUCUACUGAUUCCCACCUUCUAAUUUAAUUUAGUAUAUGAAUACAAUCAAAUAAGAAAACAAAUUUCAAAUACUAACUGCUAAUCAACUUAAAUUGAGCUAAUAGCUAAUAACAAUGCAAAAGAGAAAAUAAGCCAUAUUGCUAAGAGCAUGCUAGUAAGCUGCUUGAAAAAACACCAUAAUCUGCUGGAAAUCUCUUCUAGAAAAUGCCUUGCUUACGUUCUUGACUUUUACUAAUUAGAAGGGGUUAGUUUAUUCAAAAUUUAUUGGUACCAUCUCAAACUGCAGUUACGUUUGGCUUUCUAGCAUUGUAAAGAUUUCUAGGAUUGUGCAGCCAGAUGUCAAUAUUUUACAAACAUUAAAUUUAUAUAGCAUUACUGUGAAGACUGAAAUCCAAAAAUCAGGUUCCAAGAAGUAUUUUUUUAAGAGUACCAAGUGGCCAAAACUAAAUAGAGAAGGCCAAUUAAAAAAAAAAAAAAAAGAUUUUUUCAGCUACUUUAUAUUUACGAUAAGAUAGAAAAAUUAUUGUGGUCAGCAUACCUAAAUCCAGCUUUAAAUGUAUAUAGUUGGAAAAUGUUAAAUUUAGAGUUAUAAAGGUAUAUCUAGGAACAAAAGUCAAAACACUUGUUAAACAUAGGUAGAAAAAUCUUCAAAAGGAUAUGAAAUAAUAGAAAAUUUGAAAACUGAAUUUCCUGCCAUUUAGUACUUAAAACUAGUCUAAAAAGUACAUUAUUUUACUGUAGAACUGGUUGGACCUAUGCUAUUUUUAAUGUGGCCUAAGGAUUGAAGACUGGUCAGGUUUUUAGAAUUUGGGAGUGUAGUCACAUAGAGGCAUCUUUUGCAUUUUUAAAAUCAGUAAUCUACAUUUUCUCUCAGAAAUGGAGAAAUAAAAUAUGUCGUGUGUAUCUUUUGAAAUAGAAAAUAGUUCUAGAAGACUGUAAAUGUUCUCUUGCACAAACUUAAAAAUUUUAAUUUAAAAAUUACCUCAUUUUCCAAUCCAUAACAAGGUGCUUUAGCUCAAGUUUGUGGGAUGUUACAGCAUCCCAAAAAUACCCCGUCACCCAAAUUCUCUUUGAAAUAUGCAAAGUUCACAACAAAGGGAUAGUAUUCUUUAGAGAUUUUGUUUUAUUUUGUUCUUGUUUACCACCAGCAGGGCUACCCUGGCAUAGCAGAUGAGAAUAUUAUCUUCAUUAAAGGAAAUGAGCAAGUUCUCAAUCAAUAUAUAAUUAGUUUAAUAUCAAAUAGGGAAAAGAAAAACUCUAAAAUCUGAUUGAUUAUAUUAUACUGUGAAUAAAUUUCCACUGCUGUUGGUAAGCUACCAAAUGACUAUCAGUUGAUCUUGAUUAUAAUUUAUUUACAUAUAUUGUCCCUAUUCAUAAGAUACUUUAAUCAUUUUAAUCUUACAUUUUCCCUGGGGACAUUCAGGGACUCUACCCCUACCUUGUUCUCUUGGAGUAAACUGUUCAGUGUCAACUUUUAAUUUUCAUUUAAAAAAAAAUUUAGCUGCUAUUUAAUUAGGAUUGUGAAAUAAAAUUAUGGUUAUAUUUUUUCCAAUUAUGUAAUAGUUACAAAUUUUACCCUUUUCAUCUAUUGCACAGAUCAUGGUUUAAAAAGUAAAAUAUUAAAAGCAACAGUCUUGCUCUUGCAUUUAUUCUCAUCAGAAUGUAAUUAAUAUAUCACAUGUUGCCAUCUUAACAUAAAUUGGUGCUUUAGAGCAUUAAGGAAGAAACAGCAGGCCCUGUAUAAUAUACUUUCUGCUUCAGAAUGUAAAACUACUUUAAAGUGUCUAUUUAUAUUUAUGUUCAUUUUUUAAGGUUUAAGUACAAGCCAUUGUUAUUCUUCAAGCUUCAGGCUUUCUGCAAAAGCUGUAACAAUAUCUUAGCUAUUAUGCUUAGUCAAAUAGAAGAUGGUGUUAAUAAGGCCAAAAUUAUGAAUUGGCACUCUCUGUGGUUCCCCUGAUUGUACAGA